UCGGUCUUUAAAAAUUAGCGGAACAGUUGUUUAACGGAUUACACGGAUAAAAACAUCAUUUCACAACUGCCAAAUAUUUUCGAAAACUAUUAAAGACCGCAUGUGAUGUACGUUUUUACACAAUUUAUGUGCUUUGCUUUUUUGUUAUUUCCAUUCGAAACAUCCUGUGAAAUAAUCGCGUUCGUGUUUUACAACGUAAUUACUCUUGUCAAACGUAGCAACCCCCACGUGCAAUCCGCAUGUGUUGAUUGGCUACUGAGUUGUAAAGCUCGUCAACGAUUGGUCGCCGCGAUACCCGAAGCAACAUACAGCUCGGAUACGGGGAAGCAAGAAAGCACGUGGAUUUUCGUGCUUUAAAACUGCCUGUAUCCUCCGAACCAGCAGAUACCCUAUGAUCAUGGCAACAUAAAUUCAAGAAACGUAUUAUAUUGUUGUCAACGAUGUUAGGGUGCUUAAAGUACAAUAAGAACGCCCGUAAGCUCUUGUGAUCAAACAAUGGGUUCUUUACAAGGGGCUUAAGCUCUUUAUGUGUAAUGUGCCCAAAGGACUCAUUAAUCUUUAUGCAUUUGCUUGAUUGAACUGUGGAACUCCAAGUGUAACAUGUGUCUGAGGAUUGCGCAAUAAAUACAGCAUAGCCCUGUGAAAGUUUUACACGUGUUUUCUCAUUUCAUCUGAAUAAGAGGACAUUAUGCGACUAGAAGCGGGCCCCUUGUUUAUCAGCCUCCUGGUGGCAUGUAUCACUGCCCUGCAGAAUGGGAUCGAUCAUGGUAUAACAAUGUGUCGCCAGGAGUCGCGGGGUACAGGUGUCACCAUCAAGGUCGAGAAGGGAGACUUCGGGAAAAUUGCCUCCGAGGGGUAUCCCACUAAUUUUUCAACGACGGUGUACCACGGUCAUCUCUGCAAUGUGGAGUUACAAGCUUGCAGCACGUGCAAAAUACGCCUCAAAUUUCUCGCAGUGAGGUUCCCCGCGUGUGAGGUACCGCUCCCUCUCGCGGGGACACAGUCAAUCGGCCCUCGCAGCGUCUGUCUCAUCGGUUGUGACCACCUCCGCAUGUUUGAAGCCGACCAGCCGUACCACAGCGCGACUGAGCGAAACUACUUUUCUGACGCAGAAUCCUCCCUUUAUGAAACUAUUUCGUCUCGUGUAGUGAUACAACAUUGCAUGUCAAACAGUACGGCGGAAGACGGAAAACGUUUUCUCAUCGAGUACGAGGUAAUUGAUAAAAUUCAGAUCAUAUCAGGGACAGUAACUGCUCCACUCUACAGCGUCUCCAAUGGUGUGAUUACCUCCCCUAACUUUCCGCACGGUUACGCGCUGAACGGCGAGACUUUCACUUACAUGAUUCAGAAUCUGGACCCGUAUGGGCACGUGCAACUCGUCUUCGACGACUGGGACUUGGCAGAGGAAAGUCAUAUCCAGGUGUAUGAUGAUUUAUCGGGUAAAAACAUCGCGACAAUUUUCGGCAAACGGAAGCGUCCCACGAUCUUGUCGAACGCCAAUACUCUUGUGCUCGUGUUUAACGCAGGAAAGGACAAGUGCGUGUACUGUAACCACAUCGGCUUUAAAGCGACCUACACCUUUGUAUCAGAUGACACGUGGACACAGCGACCAAGAACAGACUGCAGCGACACCUACCGGCUGGAGACGGGCGGCGUGAUCGAAUUCCGGACAGACCCGAGCGCCUUGCCGCAGUGGUACGACUGCGUGUGGACCCUGAAGAGAGUCAUGACCAGCUUUCCGGACGCCGUCAUGCUCAGAAUCGAGGCUGUUAAACUGGGCAAAGGUUGGCAGGAAAGUGGAGUGAACUCUCUUGAAAUAUACGAAGGAGUUACCUCCCUUGGCACAAUGAUAAAAAAAUACACUACGGACAAUUUCACCGCGGGCGAUAUGCUGUACAGCAGCGGCGAAGGCCUCUACAUCCGGUUGAAAGGCGUCUUCAAUAUGGCUGAUAUUCUUAAGAUAGUAUUUACCGGUGUGAAUAAUUACACAAACAACGGAUGCCCGGUGCUGGCGGGAUUCCUCUGUGACAACCACUGGUGUAUCCAUGACGACCUAACGUGUGACGGAGUCAACCACUGCGGCGACAAUUCGGACGAGAACCCCGUAUUCACCUGCCCCAGGUUUGAACACAUAAUUUCAUCAAAAAAGUUUCAAACUCGGGAUAAACACAAAUAUGUCACGCAGCAAAUGCCGUUGCUAACGACUACUGAGAUAUCGUGUUUUGGCCGGUUCCGUUGCCAUGACGACUCCGGAUGUAUUGACACGAGACUCACGUGCGACAAAAUUGCGCAUUGCAAAGACCAGUCCGACGAGAGGGGUUGUGCUCUAUACAUCUUCAAAAGUAAGGCGUGGAGACCUGGUCAUCAAACAUUUCCAUUCAACGUCUCACUAUAUGUUUAUGUAUUGCUUUCUGUGUUAUUAAAUGUUUUUGUUGCUUAUUGGUAAACGAUGACGCAGUGUUAUUUAUUGAUUAAUUAUUUUUGUGAUAAUAAAUUUAUUGAUGUGUUUACAUAAUAUUGUGUUUGUCUCUAUCCUAUAUCAGACGUGGUAUAAAUAUGUUUUUGGUUAC